AUGUCCAUCAACAGUAUGUUCGCUCUUGACCGCGAACUCGGUCCUGGAUAUGGCGACUCGUUUGAUUUUUCCCUCACGUUUGAAAGUGCAAUCCUAACCAUCGCGCCUCUGGGCGUUCUGAUUACUGCCUGCCCGUUUCACAUCUGGUAUUACAGGAAGAGACCAGCUGUUGCCAAGAUUGGGACGCACUUUUGGCUCUUAACGAUUGCGGCCAUCGCUCUCUUUUGCUUAGAGGUUGCCAAGGCAGUGGUCUGGAGCAUGGCUCCUGGUGGUGCAUAUGCCAUUUUCGAAGCGACCACAGCACUCUCAGCGGUUGGCGCUGCCGCCGUCUUACUUAUGAACACACUAGAAUACCGCCACUCGCCUCACUCUUCCUACAUAAGUAGCGCCAUGUUGAGCGUCGCAUUUUGCGUGGACAUUGUCAAGACUCGAUCUUUCUUCAUGAGGGAUGGUCUGAGCGCUGUUGCGGCGCUUUCUGCCGUUGCCGCGGUACCUAAACUCGCGAUAAUCAUGUUGCAAGAGUUUCCCAAGCCAUUGUGCGAUUCCACCGGCCAGAUCAUCUCUCAAGAAGCCACUUGCGGCUUUUGGAACCAGACGUUGGCUAUAUGGGUGAACCCAACUAUGCGUUUAGGUAGGAGGCAGGCUUUGGCCAUGAAGGACCUUUCUACUCUCGGUCCCGACUACUCAUCGAAAAGGCUGAGCUCGGAGUUUGAUCGCAUCUGGGCAAGGCAAGACAAGACCUCACAAUGGGCUCUCAUCAACACCUGCGUUGUUGCUUUUCGUUGGACUUUAGGACCCGCCGUCUUCUCACACAUGCUUACGACCGCGUGCGAAUGGGCUCAGGCUUUCUCCAUCCAGACGACAGUAGCUUCUAUGGGACAAGCUCAGCCGAGAUGGCGACCAACUUCUCUCAUUUUAGCAACUGUGGCCAUAUACUUGAUCAAGAUGACAGCCAUUUCCAUGACUACGUACUAUAUCAACAAGACUAGUACACUCACUCGUGGACUCCUCGUGUCGCAAAUCACGAAGAAGAACUUUGCCUUGACGCUGGUGUCAGCCCAAAAGACAGAGGCUGUUACUCUCAUGAGCACAGAUGUCGAACAAAUCUGCGAUUUGAUUAUAGAAUUGCACGAAUUUGCCACUGCGAUCCCUGCUGUUGCCUGUUGUCUAUACUUCAUCUAUCGAAUGGUCGGGGUUGCAUUUGUCCUCACCUUUGCUAUCGCUCUUGCCGGCUGUCUUAUUGCUGUUUUGAUGACCAAACCGGCGGCAAAGGCUCAGAAACAAUGGGUAGAAGGAAUCCAGGAACGUGUCGCCCAGAUGAGCAUUGUUUUGCUACAAUUGAAAGGUAUUAAAAUGCUUGGUCUGCAAUCUACGAUUACGGCAUUCAUGCAGCGCAGCCGCGAAGCUGAAAUUGAACGGUCCUUGCGGAUUCGAUACCUUCGAAUGAUCUCUCAAGCAAAUCACAGCGUCGAAACGGUGUGGACAAUGACCGCGGGUUUUGUUGGAGGUGUCUUUUGGACCACGUGGAGAGACGGUCUCGAUGCUUCGUCGCUUUACACGUACUUGUCAUUGGCUGCUCUGUUUCAAGGGCCGCUGCGCGCCCUCAUUCUCAACUCACCAAUGCUGGGCGGUGGCUUUUCCAACUUCGUUCGUAUUCAAGAAUUUCUCUUGCAGAGUGAGCGCGAGGACCCGCGUCAGCCCUUCAAUCGCAUCAGCGCCCUUUCUCCUGAUGUGGACGAAAAAGAAGCCGCUGCGAAUAGCUCAGAUACAUCAGAGAAGAUGCCAUUGGCAACUGAAACUGUCCAAAUCUCGGUCAACAAUCUUUCAGUAGCAGCACUAGCAGCCGAAAACCAUGUAAACGUCUUGGAUAAAGUGAGCUUUGACAUCGCUACUGCGUCACUCAACAUCGUUAUUGGCCCGGUCGGUUGUGGCAAGUCUACUUUGCUUCGUACCCUUUUAGGCGAAAGUUCCCUCUCCAGGGGGACGAUCCAGAUAAGAACGGACAAUAUGGCCUUCUGUCACCAGAGUGCCUGGAUUCCCAACUGCACCAUUCGACAAGCCGUCAUUGGCACUAACGAGUAUGACCACGAAUGGUAUCAAGAAGUACUGAAAGCGUCUGCUCUCGACUAUGACGUUGGCAAGAUUACCGAUCAGGCCAAAACUGGCAAUGAUAAUGGAGGCUUGCUGAGCGGCGGCCAGAAGCAGAGAGUCGCCUUAGCUCGAGCCAUCUAUUCUCGAGCUCCGAUUCUAAUUCUCGACGAUAUUCUGAGCGCCCUCGAUCGAUCGACUGCCAAAAUCAUUUUCUCCCGGCUGCUUGCCCCCGAUGGUCUCUUGAAGCGUCAAGGAAGAACUGUUGUUCUAGCUACGCACGCCGUCGAAUGGCUCAGCGACGCCGACCAAGUCCUUGUCCUCGAUUCUUCUGGACACGUUUCUUCGCAUGUCGAUAAAAACGACAUCGUCGCUGUGCGAACAGCAGCACUAGCGUCACAAAACCGAGACAAGGACCAAGACUUUGAGGAAGAAGUCGUCCUGAAGCUUGACGAAGAGAGCAAUGGGGACGAAGAGAAAAUUGACACGCUGUUGGCCACUGACAAAAGUCUCUACAGACUACUUUUUGGAACGGUACCGCGAUAUCUAUUAAUUAUUAUUGCAACGUCUGCUCUUGCUUGGCAAGUUCUCAGCACCUGGAAUGAGCUAUGGGCUCGAGUCUGGCUGGCGAUAGGCCCAAUGAACAAGCUGUUGGUUAUUCCUCUGCUCAUCGGCGUCUUUGUACACGUUGUCAACUCGGCAUUCAUGGUUUGGAUAUGGCAAAUUGUCACGAUGCCCAAGAUUGCCAACAGGAUGCACAAGUUGUUCCUUGAUGCUGUCAUGACAGCCACGCUGCCCUUUCUCUCGGGAUCACGGAGCGGAGCGCUGCUCAACCGAUUCAGUCAAGAUAUGACACUCUUUGCAUUCAAGCUGCCGCAUGGCGUUUUCAGGGUGUUCCUCAGCUUGACCAUUGUCAUCAUCCAACAAAUACGAAUUCUAGACUUGGAGACCAAAACGCCUCUAUUUGCCACAAUUAGCGAGACGGCUGCUGGCGUCGAGCACAUUCGCGCCUAUGGUUGGCAAGGUCCGCUACUUUUGCAGACGUAUGAGAUGCUGGACCGGUCGCAAAAGUCGUUUUACUACAUGUAUGCAGUCCAACGAUGGCUUGUGAUUAUCUUGAACGCGAUUACCACUGCAAUAGUGAGUGGGUUGGUCAGCAUCGCUCUUCUCGUCGUCAACGCCUCGUCGCAAGGCGGAUUAGGCUUGGCAUUGAUGUCUGUGAUCUACCUCCAAGCAGAUCUAAACUUUCUUAUUACAGAGUGGACUACUCUGGAGACUUCAUUGGGAGCUGUGGCGCGUCUGCAGUCGUUUAUGAAGGAUACGCCUACCGAAAAGGACAAAGAUGGCGUCACAGAGCAAGCUGUGACAUGGCCGAGUCGUGGCGAAAUUGAAUUCAAGAACGUUUCAGCCUCAUAUAGCCCGGAACCUGAUGCUAGAUGCGCAAUCAAUGAUGUUUCUUUCCAGAUCAAAUCGGGAGAAUCGGUAGCAGUUGUGGGACGUACGGGGAGCGGAAAGAGCAGCAUCAUUUUGACGCUCCUCAACUUUUUACACCAUACAGGUACCAUCACCAUUGAUGGCGUUGACAUCUCGAAUAUCCCUCGCGAGCAGCUUCGUCAAAGUAUCACAACAAUUCCGCAGGAUCAUGUUGAUAUUCCUGGCACUGUCCGUGAUAAUCUCCUGCCCCUGGAAAUUAUGAAUGAUGAUGAAGACAAGAAACAAGAUGAUGCCGUCUUGACUGAGACAUUGAAAACCGUUGGUUUAUGGCACCACAUCUCUCGUCACGGUGGACUGCAUGAGCCUCUUACAAAGAUAGGGCUAUCAGCGGGCCAGCGACAGCUCCUGAGCCUGGCCAGGGCGCUGAUGCAUAACGCAAAGACGGGAAGCAAGAUUGUGAUUAUGGACGAGGCGACGAGCAACAUGGACUAUCAGACGGACUCGAUUAUGCAUCGCGUGAUGGAGACCAAGUUUGCAAGCUGUACUCGAGUAGUCGUUACGCAUCGUAAUACGGUCCUGAGCCAAUGCAAUGUGUUGGUGAAGCUGGAAGACGGCAAGGUGGUGUCGCAGGAGAGGCAGAGCCGCGUCAGUAAUUUACGUGAUGUUUUAUUGCCCGCAGGUUGCGUAACUCGUAUGGAGCACUUGUGUAUUAGACAUCGUAGCACUGCAAACACAGUCCCGGAGGCUGAACACGAGCAGGAUACUGUCGUUGGCCGAGAUCAAGCAGCGAGUUAUAUAUCCGCUUUUGACGAGACAACAGAUAACAUCACUGAUCCAACUAUAGAUAUUAUUGCUACUUGGGAGUAA